UCGAGUUUGUGAAGACGGUGUUCAGACCUGACACUGCCCAAGUGAGAGUCACACCUGAGGUCCACACACAGCGCCGACAAACGACACCAUGAGUGAAACAGCAGAGGCUCUCGCUGCCAACCAGCAAAGCCGCAGAAACAUCACGAUUGAGAUCACGAACCUCACCAACAAGUACUGUCUGCUGGACCCCAAGGUUUACCUGGACAGUGGCAACUGCCACAGCCCCCCCCAGCCCACGGUGCGCCCGCAGAAGACCGAGGUGUGCAACUUCACCAAGGCCAGUGCCAAGGCCUCGGGCGCGGUGGGCGUCCUGACCUACGACCUGUUCGAGAAAGACAGCAACGGCGCCCAGGAGACGCUGGCCAUCAUGUUCUCCGUCCCCUACGACUACAACAUCUACAAGAACUGGAUCGCAUUGGGGAUUUACCCACAGGGCAAGGAGUGCAACGAGGCUCUGUACAAGGAGAUGUACAACAACAAGGAGCAGAACGGGUUCAAGCGCGAGGAGGCAACAGGCUCCGGGCUCACGUUCGAGGGCUCCAGCCUGGACAUCAAGGCCACCAUGUCCCCAAUGGGCCGGGCCAUCAUGAAGGUGGAGGUGUGGGACAAGUUCUUCUCGCCACGGCAGCACCAGCACUACUGAGCGGCGAGUGUUUAACCCUCUGUUCCAUCCGUUCAUGCAAUAAAAACAAACACCUGAUGUGAAAGAA